AUGGCUGCCGCCCCCGCGAUAGCCAAUUGGCAAGAAUUAGCCAAAUCAAAACGCGAAUCAGUCUUUGCCAAGAUACCAAAAGACUGGCUUCUCCCUACAUCUCAGACUUCACAAUACACGGAGACCUCGGAUAUCUCAGUGCUCGACGUACCGCGGACAUGUGGCAUCUUGACCGAGAAAGAGCUGGACAUUACCGAGAACUACGAUGCUACCGAUCUGGUCAAGAUGAUGGCUGAGAAGCAGCUCAAGAGUAUUGAAGUGGUGACGGCGUUUUGUAAGAGGGCGGCUGUGGCGCAGCAGUGUGUGAGCUGUCUGACUGAAAUCAUGUUCGACGAGGCUAUGGCUCGGGCAAGAGAGUGCGAUGAAUACCUAGAGAAGAAUGGAAAAGUGCUGGGGCCGUUGCAUGGGCUACCCAUCAGUCUCAAGGACUCUUUCAACGUGCGAGGCGUACAAACAACACUCGGCUAUGUAUCAUUCAUCUCGCGCCCACCGUCUGCCACCAACUCGGCCUUGGUCACUGUCCUGCACUCUCUCGGUGCAGUCUUCUAUUGCAAAACCAAUUUGCCUCAGACCAUGAUGACUGCAGACAGCCACAACAACAUUUUCGGACGCACCUUGAACCCCAACAAGCUAUCCCACACGGCAGGCGGGUCUACCGGCGGCGAGGGCGCCCUCCUUGCCAUGAAAGGCAGCAUAAUGGGCGCCGCAACCGAUGUCGCUGGCUCCAAUCGUAUUCCAGUCAUCUGCUGUGGCGGCGCCUCUCUCAAACCCACUGCAGGCCGCGUUCCCUUUGCAGGCGGAGUUGCUGUCGGCCGCCUUGGUACUCCCAGUGCGGUACCCGUUGUCAUCGGCCCCUGUGGCCGCUCCACCCGUGACUUUGAACUUUUCAUCAAGAGCGUCGUCAGCACGCAGCCCUGGCUUCUCGAUGAAAACAGCUUAAAUGUUCCCUGGCGCUCUGUUCAGCCCUCUACCCAGCCUUUGCGCUUCGGCUUGAUCAGGGGCUUCAAAGAAUGCCCCUUGCACCCACCUGUUGCACGCGCUCUGCACACAACGGCUACAAAGCUCAAGAGCCACGGCCACGAGAUUGUGAUCUUGGACGAAAAGAUACCAGAUAUGUACAGCACCGCUCUCCUCGCAUGGAAAUACUUCCUGCUAGACCCCCGCAAGACACCAUUGCAGUUUAUCAACGCGAGCGGCGAACCGCCUAUCCCGUCGCUAUCGAAUUGCAGUUUCGCCGAGUUGAAGGACUGGGAGCCGACCCUGGACGAGCUGUGGGAUAUGAAUGUAGAAAAGGCGCGCAUACUCAAUCGAUACCACAAGCUCAUGGUUGGUGAGGGCGAGGGCGACGCAAAAGAGAAGGGCUUGGAUGCGAUUCUCAUGCCUGGAUACCAGGGUGUCGCCCCGAAACACGAUACUUAUGGUAUCCCGUUUUACACUGUGCUGGCCAGCUUGCUCAACUACCCAAGUGGAAUUUUGAAGGUCGGUAAGGCGGAGAAAGAGGCAGACAAACAAUUCGUGAACGAGGGCGUCACGUACGAGCCUGCCUAUGAUGCAGAGGAGAGUGAGGGAUUGCCGACGCAUGUGCAGAUUGUGGGCAAGAGCAUGAUGGACGAGGAGUUGGUGGAGAUAAUGAAGGUUGUCGAGGGGAUUUUGUAG